GAAAACCCCAUUGCAUUAUUACCGGGAAGCUAACUGUUAACUGAAACUAGCUUUAGUACAGGAAAUCUCAUUGCAAUUCCUUUAUCUAUCUCCAUAGAAAUAUAGAAUCUUGCGGGUUCUCACAACAUCAAUCAUCAAGAAACAAGGAAGGUCUAAUGGCCACUGCAGUUGCUUCCUCCUCAUCCUCUCUCCUCUUCUUCUCCUCUUUUUCAUCAUCAUCCUCUUCUCUCUCUCCUCUCCCACGCCUCUCUCUCCCUUCAACCUCCCACCACUCUCUCUCCUCUUCUCUCUCCAUCUCUCCAUCUUUUCUUGCUUUAUCAGCAAAAACUCCUAGAAGGGCUGUUUCAUCUCUCUUCCCUUCACUCACUGUCAGGGCAGAGAAGAAGAAUGUGCUCAUUGUCAACACUAACAGCGGCGGCCAUGCAGUCAUCGGUUUCUACUUUGCCAAGGAACUACUUGCCUCCGGCCACGGUGUCACCAUCCUGACUGUCGGCGAAGAGGGGUCCGACAAGAUGAAGAAACCACCUUUCAGCAGAUUUUCAGAAAUUGUGAGUGCUGGUGGGAAGACAGUUUGGGGGGAGCCGGCAGAGAUAGGGAAAGUAUUGGAGGGCGCUGCAUUUGAUGUGGUGUUGGAUAACAAUGGAAAAGAUUUGGAUUCAGUGAAGCCUGUAGCAGAUUGGGCAAAGAGCUCUGGUGUGAAGCAAUUCCUAUUCAUUAGUAGUGCAGGGAUUUAUAAGCCAACAGAUGAACCUCCUCAUUUUGAAGGGGAUACUGUAAAAGCUGAUGCUGGUCAUGUUGGAGUAGAGAAAUACAUCUCAGAGAUAUUUGGGAAUUGGGCGUCUUUCCGUCCACAAUACAUGAUUGGCUCUGGCAACAACAAAGACUGUGAGGAAUGGUUCUUUGACCGUAUCGUUCGAGGCAGACCGGUUCCAAUUCCUGGCUCUGGGAUGCAGUUAACCAACAUUGCCCAUGUCAGGGACCUAUCGUCCAUGCUUACUUUCGCUGUUGAAAAGCCAGAUGCUGCAAGCGGAAACAUCUUCAACUGUGUUAGUGAUCGUGCAGUGACACUAGAUGGAAUGGCAAAACUCUGUGCUCAAGCUGCUGGAUUACCUGUUGAAAUAGUGCAUUAUGAUCCGAAGGCAGUGGGUAUUGAUGCAAAGAAAGCAUUUCCUUUCCGCAACAUGCAUUUCUAUGCCGAACCAAGAGCAGCAAAGGAGAUUCUUGGAUGGAGUGGUACAACAAACCUUCCUGUGGACUUGAAGGAGCGGUUCGAUGAGUAUGUCAAGAUUGGUAGAGACAAGAAACAAAUAAAGUUUGAGUUAGAUGACAAGAUUCUAGCAGCAGUUAAAGAACCUGUUGCAGUAUGAUCACUGUUUCACUAGCGAGCCAGUGAAUAAAUUGUAUGGCUUUUGAUCUGGGGAAGCAAGUGGCAAUUUUGUGAAUUCUAACUGGGAAGCAAUAAAUAUAAUGUUAUUGAUCCUGGUUAUUGUUUCAACAUAAUGAAUUUCUUUCAUAUUC